AAUGACCAUCUUGUCUUUCAGAACAUCGACAUUACCAAGGGAUUUCACGAAUUUCGCCAUUAUGUGAAAACGAUCAUUGACGAACCGCGUCUCUUGACGUACGAAUCCCAUGUCCAGCACGUCUUGGCAUUGUCAUCAAUCCUCUUGCUAAAACCAUGCCGCACCAACAGUGACCUU